AUGCCUGCCAUGGCCGGCAUCUCGCCCAGGCGCACAGAUCUUCCCUGGGAGCGUAUGGAUGCACAAGAGCAGAAGGCAUUGGAGGCCUACUGCACGGAUCUGGACCGCAUCCUGGAGUCGUCAACAGAUGGACAUAUGUUCCUUGAGCGUGUUGCGGCACUCGACCAGAGAUACCAGGAGGUGUGGUUCGCCGACGAGUUUGGCAGCGCACUGGGUGACCCUAUGCAGGCUUUCCGUGCAGCCCCCACUGCCGGUGUCAUCUCUGCUGCUCGGGCGCCAAAGACUGCGAGCGGGCUUGGCAUGCAAGGGUCCGAGAUUUUGCAGCGACACACGGCCCUCUUUGAUGUGCGUUCAGCAAGGCCAGAUGCUGGUCCGCCGGGCCCGGGCUCUGCUCCCGCACCGCCUGCGCCGCGCCUGCACGAAGGCGCAGGGUCAUUCGCACGCAACCCGAUAUCGGCAGCCGGACCGUCAGCGCGCUUUCCUGCUCCUCGAGCUCCGUCGCCCAUUGAGCGGAGACCGGCGCCGCCGCCUGCGGCCCCUGCGAUGCCACGCUGCUCCUACUGUGGUGCUGCUAUUUCUCCAGAGGCAUCCUACUGCAGCCGCUGCGGUAUGCAGCAAAUGGAGGCUUCGCCGGUUCCUCCGCCUGCAGCAGAGUGGCCAUGGCGAGGAGCUUCGGCCUGGGGAAGGAUGCCACCCAGAAUUUGA